GCUGAUCGCAUCGCAUUCCAAUGUGAGCGAGAUGUAACCGCUGUGCAGACUUUAUGUUUCCUAAACCGUCUCCAGCCGCAUUUUGAAUGAAUAAAAUGUCCGGUCUGAAGGAGUCCAACUCUUGUCCUGACGGCUACAGGGCUUUAAGCACAAGUGAGCUGAGGGAGCUUUUACAAAACGACGACAAAAUGGACCAAAUCCUUCGACUCAAUGAGAAGUUUCAGGACCUUCAAGUGGACAGAGAGACACUGCAGACGACCAAUCGGAGCUUGGCCGAGGAGAGCCUCGCCCGACGACCCCGCCUUUAUAACGGCAAACUCCAACUGGCGGAGAAAUACCGGGAACUGUCCAACCUGGCAACCACAUGCUGGGAAAAACAGAGUCAGCUUGAGGCUCAUGUCCAGAAGCACAGCCUGCAGACGGCGCAGAACCUCCUGCAGGAAGAGGUGGCACGUGCUGAGGAGCAUUCAGAGGAGCUGCUGGAGAAGUUCAUGGAGGGAAACCUAAGCCUGGAUGAGUUCCUGGACUCUUUCCAAAGCUCCAGGAAGACAUAUCAUAUCCGCCGGGCUCAGGCGGAGAAGAUGCAGGAGGUCGUGCAGGCCAAGCGACAGCCGAGCAAAACCAAGAGAGUGGAGGAGAGCAAAGAGGUAAAGAAGGACUCGGAGCAGCCGCAGGAGCCUCAGCGGCCCAAUGGCUUUGUAGCACAGGGACCUCUUCGAGUGUUCCAGGUACGCUACGGCCUCACGCCAGCUAUCCUCCUCCCCCAUUACCCCGUUUCUCCCCCUGCCUCAGCUCCAGGCCAUCAAAGUAGUACUCCCCCACCUGAACCGGGACAGACCCACAUCCUCAGCCCCAGCACCCCACUCCCAGGACACGGCCAGCCGGUCGGCCUCAGGGUUAUUGGACAGUUACCGGGUGGCUGGCCGGCUAAUGGGCGGCCGGUGAGAGUGCAGCAGCUUUAUAGGCCGAACCCUCAACAGCCUGAGCCGCCGUACCGAUAAGCUGGAGGAGAGGGGAGGAGGAGGAGGAGGAGGAGGAUGAAAAGCCGGUUUGAGAGGUCUUCCAAGACAUGGAACCAAACAGUGGCCGUCACAAUCAUGUAAGCAAAGACUGAUUCAGAGACAGGCAGCGCUGCAGACGUCCGUUUCUGUUCUCCAUCCAUGACACACAAAUGUAACCAGAGCAGAGACAGGGAGGCAGCAGGUGACUAGGACGAGGAGGGAGGACUAGGGAUGGGCUCCGAUAGCAGGAUUCGGUUCGAGACUGACGAAUCUCUUAUCAAAUCUUUUAUGUCUCCUUAUUGUUUCUCAUUUAUUAUGGAAAACACAGAUGAAUCUGAUAGCCGAUUUAUGAGCUUGGCUGUCGAGCGCCGUCACUAUGACUGCAGAGUAGAGCACAGUAACACUGAGAGUGAAAGCAGAGAUGAUUGAAAAAAAUAUGAAAUUGAAAAUAAUCAUUACACAGAUUAUUAACAUGAGCGUACCACUUCAGUCUGAUCUGCAUAGUCUGGAUGUGAAGUAGCUACCACAGCCCUGCAUGAAUAACUGACCUUGUGAUUUAAAUAGUCAAAACAUUAUGAUUUCUUACAUUGUAAUCAAAAGAAAUGCAUCAAGUGCAAGUGGAACUUCAGCCAGGAAAGGUAAGAGAGCUACCACGACAUACGCCCUAUCGGCUCAUUUCGUUAGAGGUUUAUGGUCGGCCUUUUGCCGGCUUGCUGCUCUGAUUGCCAUCAAAACAUGAAGAUUGAAAAAAAUAAUGGAGAUUUAGGGAAGUAAAAUUGAUUUUGUGGAGGAGAGAACUGUGGCUUUUAAUUUCCCUUUCCCCCCCAAAAGAAUGUUUGUUGUUGGAGCAGCUGAAAACACAGUAGCCGUCUCUUAAAACUGGACUAAAUAUGGCUAAAAUUUGUUGACCUUUAAUUCAAUUUUAUUCAUAAAGCCCAGUAUCACAAAUCACAAUUUGCCUCAGAGGGCUUUACAGCAUACGACAUCCCUCUGUCCUUUGGAAAAGUCCCCCCAAAAAAACCCUUUAACAGGGAAAAACAAAAUGGUAGAAACCUCAGGUACAGCAACUGAGGAGGGAUUCCUCUUCCAGGACAGACAGACACGCAAUAGAUGACGUACAGAACAGAUCAACAUGAUAAAUGUACAGUGAUCCAUAUGACACAAUAGCUGGUUUUAGCCUGGUUUCACUACCAGAGCGUCAACAUUUGCUGCUUGGGCAGCGUCCCCGGCGUCACUGCAGUGAACUUAAGGCACCAUUCAGUGUUGAUGUGAGACACAUCGGGCUUUACGCCAACUUCAAUAUAAACUAAUUUGUGUCGUUAAUAGACGCUCAGAACAACGAAUGUGGUUUAAAGACCAUGAAAGUCAGCUCAGGGUGGGUGGGCCCAACAAACAACAGACUUUGACCCAGGAGAGCCGUGUUUGAGAACAAAAAAACGCCAAUUCCGGUUGCAGCAUUUGUGGCACUCGAAGCUGGGUGUUUCUUGGGGACAUCUGCAAUCUUUCCCUAACUGUAACCAAAUAGUUUUGUAGCCUCAACCUAACCGCUGACCCCUUUUUGCCAGUGCGUGAAGAUACAACUUAAAAGGCUGCCCUCUGCGUCUUUUAAGUGACGCCAGGGGCUUCUGCCCAAGUAGCAAAAUUUGGCGAAUAGGGAUGAAAUCACUUAAAUGGGUUUAGGUUUACAAAUGUGGUGCCGCCAUGGUCUACUUCACCUACAACUCGGAUUUAUCUGUAGUAAUCAGCUUCUGAUUCUUCACCAAAUGUGGCAGUUAAAAUGACCAGUAGGAUCAUCUUAUUGACAUUCAGUCCGUAGCUGCUAAAAUUAAGUUUCAUAUAAAGUGUCAUCGUCAUCUUCAGGUACAGGUUGUGAACCAUUAAAGACUGUAGUGUUUCUGUCUCCUCAGCCAACAACAAGCAGGUAAACAUCCACUUACUUUAACCUUUAAUUACUGUAAAUGCUUAAAGUUAAAAGGAUUUGAUAAAAUGCUAUCGAACCCCAUCCCCAGGGAGGACAUGGAAGUUUUAAUUAUUUUUGAUUUUAUUAUUAUUAUUUUUACAUCCUACACAGAGGGAUGUGAAGCACAGGGUUGUGAAGCACAUCUUCACCGCCGAAACAAAAAGAUAAAGGAUCUCAUUGUUCAUUCAUACACCUUAAGGACAGGGAGAGGCUUUGUGAGACGAGACGAGUCAUCGUGAAUGAUGGCAUCAAUAAAGUGGUGUUUAAUAUAAACUCUCAUUGUUUUUCGUCUUAUCAGAUAUUACCAGUCAUACCUGGAAAAACUCCUGAGAUCACAAGUGCUGAUAAUAGAUCGCUGCAGAGUUUAAACAAACACAACCAGAGCAGAAGGUAUUUAUUAAUAAUUCCCAGACUGUAAACUGUCCGUAUUAUUUGCAGUGUCAUGUGUGUUGGCGUCACAGAUGAUUCCCCCAAAGCUGUCUGCCUACUUGUGUGAUUUCAUGAACAGUGUUGGAGCUCACACGAUUUAUUUAUUCAUGUAAAUCCCAUUUUAAAUGGCUGACUUCAAAGCUUCUUGUUUACUGUGCUAAAUGAAGAGCUGCUUCUCUCUUUCAAGGCAGCCAGUGUUUUUAUUCCCCCCCCCUCCGUACUGAGAUGCAGAGUGAGGGGAAUUUAAUCUCUAUGAGAAUGCCGGCGCUCUGCAAGCCCACAGACGAAUAUAAGGAGGUUUAGGAGGUUUCCUUCUCAUUUCAUUCUCCUUUUUUCUCAUUAUUCAUCCUUCAGCAUUCGAAGGGAAAAACUCUGGGUUGUAGUAUUUGAUGGUUCUGCUCUUGAACAAACAUUUUGCUCAUUAAUAACUCAUAUGUACAUGCUUACUACAGCUUGACAAAGUACAUGAAAAUGCCUUUUGCAGGCCGGUGCCCAGUUACAUAAAACAUCUUUUAGGAUUUUUGUGUUGCAAAGAAAGAAUUGUUCUAAUUAGGAAGUAUUUCUAAAUAAGAGUUUUAAAUGUAUUUCAAGGUUCAGCUCGAGGUUUUGGCCAUCAUUUCAUAUAUAAUAACACUCAAGCUGAGAUCUGUGAAUGAAGUGACAUCACUAAAACAGUCCCUCCAGGAUUACGCUGGCUUCUUGGGCAUUGUUGCGACCUUACAUACCUGAUUUCAUGGCAGCCUUUGUAAAAGAAAUUGCAAUGCAUGUUGUGAUGUCUUUAGGAGUUUUUUUGCAAUAAAAUUUCAGGAGUAGUGAUGGGAAUUGAGAACUGGUUUGAAAUUGUCCAAUCCAUUGGAAUCACAUGCCUCAAACUUACCAAUUCCUUUCGUUGAUGCUGGCGUGUUUUUUUCUGACACACUCUUGCAUUGCUAAGACGUCAAACUCCCGCUGCUGGACAUUUGCAACAACUAGGAGUCAUAGCAGAGAGGCAGAUACAGAAGAGGGCUUCAUCUCACGAAGAAAGAUGAUCACAGUCUGCUUGUUAUGUUAUUUUUUGCCUUUAUUAUAGAACAGCUGGAGAGUAACAGGAAACGGGAGAGAGAAGAAGAAGGUUGGAAUCAUACCUGAGGUACUGCUAAGUAGGGAUGCGCGCGAUUAGACGGUUAAACAAUUAAACGUCCACCCCCUUGCUAGUCGGCACCAGAAAUAUUAGUUGGUUAAACCAAUUAGUGUUUUAUUCAUGUACAAGGCCGCUUAACUGUCAUGCAGCGGCCCGCCACUAGUGGGAGCUUAAGAGCCAUCAGACAGCAGUCCCCCUCCCCGCAGUAAGGCUCGAGGAGACUGGAGUUUAAAAGAGCAUGGUGGGAAAUUGGAGAGAUGUCCUCUCACAAAACCAGCACCGUUUGGCAGAACUUUGAUCUAGAAAAAGAAUUCAGCAGCAGUUAAUCUUUUUUUUAUAUUAUUUGUUAAAUUUAAGUGAGUUGUUGUCAGGUAAUGUGCAGGUUUACAUUCAUACUGCACGGUGCAAAAUGCCUCAUUUCAGCUGGAAUUUAAUUAGAAUUUAGAUGUUGUUUUAUUAACUUUCAAGUGAACUGCUAUCAUUUCUGUCAGAUAAUCUGCAAGGUUCAAUGUGCCCCACAUUUCAGAGGCAGUUUAUUUAUUUUAAUUGUUAUUUUAGUGGUUAACUUUUGACUGAGUUGUCGUCAUAUUCACAUUUAUACCGCAUGGUGUCUUGCACUUCAGCGGCAUUUAAAAUCCGACAUGGUUGUUGAAGAUUGUGAUUAAAGGCUUCGAAGGGCUCUUAAUGCACACAAUGUUUUUGGGACAAUGUUUCAAAAACUUAACAAUAAAUUGUGCUAAAUUUUGACUGAUUUCUGUGUUUUCCUUUUUUAGGCUAGCUGACUAGUCUUUUUUGUUUUAUUUUUGUUUAGUUCACAGGGAUAUUAGUCACCAGAAACAACCCUACUGCAAAGGCCUCAGCCUAUGUGGGGCGCACGCUCUACCCAGUGAGUUGGAAGGCGCCCCUGUAAAAUGUUAAUUUCAAGUAAGGAUGGAAACAGCAGUAAUAUGCGGAAACAUCCUUCUACACAAAAAUGGCUUUAACUCCAGGAAUGCCAUGUAUUUGAAACUAUUUGAAUCUUUAAGUUAUAGUAGCUUUAUAAUUUUGUGAUAACAUUGGUGCCACGCAGGCAGACUGAUCAGAUAUCAAAAAGGGAAUUGAUAAAGAGCCGGACCGAUGGAUAUUGUAACAAAACUGACAAUGGUAUUGAUAUCAAUAAGUCUCAGCAAUUUCCGUUACAUUAAAAUUGCAAAGGUAGUUUCAAGCUUCUUUUUUUUUUGUCAAAGUCAACUUCUUCCAGUAAGAAUUAAUCUUGUUAUUUAAACUACACUAAUGUAACCAAAAACCACGCACAUUUAAUCAAACUCACCUCGAGUCUUUCAGCACGUGCCAAAAAUCUGGACAUAGCAGCCUCUUGUCAACGCCUUACAGCCAUUCUCCAGGUGUGUUUUGCGGCACAAAGCAUUUGUGUUACACCACGACGUUGUGUGCAGUACAAAACAGUUUACCCCACUUUCCUGCUGAACAUAAGGGAAUUGCCUUGGGCGGUCUUUAGCAGUAACAUUGUUGGUGAACGUGAGACGUUUGUGUUGCACGUCUGCAUCUUCACAAACAGAAACCAGGAAGUGAGGUUGAUGACAGUAUGCGGGGGAGUAGUUAGAAGGAUAGGUUAAAUUUGCAGAAAAGUUUGAGAAAAUUGUGAUGUCGCACAGAUUUCACUGCUGGAAAAUGCGUUACUGUUGCAACCGCAACUUUGCAGCAUCCUGGAGGGGCUGACUGAAAAGUGGUGUGCCAAGAGAUGCAAAAUUCUGGGUACAAAUACUCCACAUUUUAUCUGUUAUUGUUUCUUUAGUUCUGCUUGUCUGCCCAGGUCUUUGCUCUCAUUUCUGAUGAUCUGAGUUGAGGUAAAAAUUGGAAACAUCCUUUCAUCCCUACAAGCUAAAUAUCAUUGUAACUGUAGUUCCGACUUCUGAUGGAGAAGCUGAUGUUUGCUGUAAAGAACGAGCUGCAGACAAGGAUGCUUCACACGUUACCUGGAACACAAAGUUACCCAACAUAUCCUGUUCUUUCUGAUGACAUAUACAUGUUUCCUAUUUAUUUUUUUAACCUCUAUUUCUGAGUGAUUUUCUGUUGGUUUUUUUGUUUGUUUGUUUUGCUUGUUGUGUUCCUAUGGGGAGAUUGAAAACCAAUGAAUAUAUUAAAGAACAAAAAAGGCCGGCACAACAUCAGGCAGGCUGUGAACAAACCUCCAGAAGAGAAAAUAAAGGCGAAUAGUAAAAAUAUUUUUGCUUGAUUAUAACCUGUCUGAUCAUCUGACUGCUUGUGUUUGUUGCCUUGAACUUGUUGGCAGUGUUGCCACAUUCACAGAUCUAUCCUUGAUGAGUACAGUGUUAUUAUAUAAUAUGAAUUAAUGACGGCUUAAAGACCCAACAGAGGUAUUUUUAACCAUCAAAACUGUUUUUUAAUCUGUGAAUUAAAUUGAAAUGUGCCAAGAGGAUUGUGACAGGAUUUUUUCUUUGUCUGCUCUUUAGCCUUAUGUUAAUCUGACCUUUUAUUUAAUUUGUAUUGUUGUUUUUAUUUAAUUUCAUGCCUUUGACCACAGGGUUUUGUUUACAACCUCUUACUAAAUAAAAGACAGAUACCUCGCCUUUAAAA